UGGUUUGUAGUACUGGAAAGAAUAGUAGGUAAGCCGCAUUGAUCUAGGAUUUUGGGGCGGAUGAGCUGCAGUGCUCCACAACUAAGUGGCUGUGUAGUUUACAAUGUUGGGGCAAGUUCCAGUCCUGCAGUGGCGAGGGUAAUUUGCAUGACUUCAGGGAUAAUUUUGCAAUGCUCCAGGGGUUGCUGUGUACGUGUGAACGGUCCGUGCCCGGGGUGCAGCACUGCUGAGAAGCAGCUGCCCGCGCUCGCUCUGCACUCUGGAAGGUUGCGCGGGCGGGCCAGUGGCGCGCGCUGUGACGGUUGGUUGCCCGGUAACGGAGUCGGAGCCGGCGGAAGAUGGAGCCAGAUUCGGUGCAGCGGCAGCUCUCGGUCACCAUCGCUCACAUCGUGCAGCGGCUCCGAGGCUCGAAACUACACUCGGAGCUGGAGCGAGAGGCGAGGACUUGCCUUCACAAAUCUGAGGUUCGGAUUGAAUCUUUGAAGGAGGAUCUGAAGGACUUCUUACGGAAAUCAGGUUGGGAAAAGAAGUUGCAGAAUGCUGUCUACCGUGAGCUGAAUGUCCUACCCCACCCUGGUCAUCCAGCUGCUCCACCUGAGCACACUAAGGAGAGUUUGAUGUACUUGAGACGUGCACAGGUGAACUGGGAAAAACGUGUUCUGAAAAGUUUAAACAGCAUGUGUGCAGAGCUGGGUAUUCCUUUAGCAAAAAAGAGGUCAGCAGAUGAACAGAAGGAGCUUUUAAACAAAUGGAAUGAGAUGGGGACUGAUGAACCAGAUUUGAGCCAUUUCCGACCAGUCUAUGCCCCUAAAGAUUUUCUAGAGGUGCUAAUUAAUCUUCGGAAUCCAAAUUAUGAUGGUGGUGAUCCAACUGGUCUGCGCAGUAGCUGGGGCUUAAUCAGCAUUCCUUUGCCAGUAAAAGACCUUUCUGAGCUGAGGGAACUGUUUGCUGAGCUAGCUUUAAACUAUGAACAACUUGGAAUUGAUGACUCGAUGCAGAUCCCUGUAGAGCUGUUUGAAAGUGAGUAUAUACGUCUUGGUCAAAGAGUUCUGUCUGAACAAGACAGUGCUGCAGCUCAGCAGUAUAUUCGACAGGGUUGUCCUACAGGACUACGUGCAGAUAUGUGGGCACUCAUUCUGAAUAUUGAUAACCAACUGGAGCUUCAGGAAUUGAUUCCUGCUCUGGUACAGGAGAAGAAGCCAUUAUUUGAUGAGUAUCUGGAUUCUUUGUAUUAUGAGCAACUGAAGUCAAAUGUGAUUCAACAUGAUCUUUUAAUUGAUAACCUCAUCUACAAGGAUGUGAAACUUACAGCUAGCAAUGAUGACUACUAUUUUGUUUUUGAAGAUUAUUUGUAUCAGGUGCUAUUAUGCUUUUCUCGAGACACACUAGUCCUUGAUCAUUUCAGCUAUAGCAGUGCUUCUCCCCCCAAAUCAUAUAUCAGAGGGAAGUUUGCAUUAGAAGAUUAUACUGUUGUGUACCCUCCAAAUGGUGUCAUUCCAUUCCAUGGAUUUGCAAUGUAUGUUGCUCCACUCUGUUUUCUCUACCACGAGCCAUCCAAACUCUACCAAGUUUUCCGAGAGAUGUAUGUGCGUUAUUUCUUCAGGCUUCAUUGCAUCUCAUCUCAUUCCUCAUUCCAGAGUCGACCACGGGCCAGUAGAGUUGGGUUGAUAGAUGACAAGAUCUGUGAAGAGUUCAAGUUCAGCUUUUUGGCCUGAAUGAAACACUGUAGUUUCUCCUAGUCCAGCAAGGUGCUCUAUAUAAUCUGCCAGGUUUCCUGAACCUUGCUGGCACUAAUUAAAAAUAAAAAUCGAGUUAAGGUGAAAGGAUGUGAUUUCAUUAAAAACAUUUGGUGAUUGGCCUUCCUUCUGAGAACAAAUUUAUUGUCCAAUAUUCUCUGUUAAAAAUGAAAGGGGAUAUGCUGGCCUGAGUUUAAAGUUAUAACUCCAGAUGUGCUACAAGUCCAAUCAUUCUUGUGGGGUUAGAAUUCCCCACAGUGUCUGUGCAGAAUAGUUCCAUAGUUGCCCCUUUCACGUGUAUUUGUGCUCCCUUGCUGUACCAUUCUAGACACAGUAGAACAGCUUGUUAUGGUUUGCAUUUUCUAGUUCUUCUGGAAUUCUAAAAACAGCAAUCAAAUAAUUUUUUCUUCAUGUGUCAACCAGCCUAAUUUACGUAAUAGUGCAUCAUAAUCUAAUUCCUUCAAUUCUUCAGUUAUCCUGAUUUCCCUCUUAUAUAUGUUUCAGUAGCUGCAAUAUCCUUCAGUAGCAGGCAGUAUUUUAAGUGGAGCUGCACUAAUGAUUUAUAGAUUAACAGAAUUACCUCACUUUCUUGACUUAAUAUUAAACUUGUA